AUGGCAAGUUAACGCUAACAUCUAUAUCGUGCCACUAUUAUUAAAUUAUUAUAAACGUUUUAUAAGAAUUAUUUGUAAUACAACAUCUUUUCCUACUCUUUUAAUAGUUUUUUUUAUAAUAAUUUUAAAUUUUUAAGCUGAACACUAUUUCCAAAACAUAUAAGAUUUUGUAGUACACCGCCACCCUAUAUCAUGAUAUACGUUCUCUGGUUUUGUUUUUUAUGUAGGGCUCAUUUGUGAUGUGACAUCUGAAAUAAAUUUGACAAGUACACCAUUCUUUAUUAGUAAACUAUAAUAAAACAAAGUUAAGCUUAACCAAGAAAAACAAUUUAACUAAAAAAAUCAGUGUAUAAUAAGCCUAAACCUGGAUAGAAUGGAGAAAUUAAAUUCCACGCUGGGCGCAGUGAGAUCACUGCGUUCAAGCGUACGCCAAUGCUUUGAGCAAUUGGCUGAUGGUACCAACGCCGAACUGGCUGAAGACAGCCGAACAAAGUUUCUCCUAAAGUUCCAGGAGAACUUCAAUAACAUGAAUGCUCAACUGAGGGAAGUUGAAAGUCUAAUUAAUGGCUUACAAGCUCCACAAACACCGUACUGCCUUGGUCAAACUACUUAUCUUGCGCAAGAAACAGCUCCUGAACGACAGGCAUUAUAUUCACAACUGGUAAACAGUUACAAAUGGAUUGACAAAGUGCAUGACCAUAGUUUUCUUGCUUUUAACAAUUUAAAUCAAAACAAUCUUAGACGUUCAUAUGUAUAUUGUUCCCAAAAACGUGUACGUAUACCAUUCACAUCGUGCAAUAAUUUCGAUCCAGAUCAUACGGACAAGCUACUUAGCGAAAUAAACCUACCACUUACAAGCUAUCAAGUGUGUCGACCUUUUGGUUCUAAUGUUGUUGUCAUUGUUACAAUAAGCCGAGUGCUCAAAGCAGCGAUUGUCUGCAAGGGUGUGCUUAUUGAAUGGGUUACAGUUAAGGGAUUUGACGAAACACUUGACCCAGAUGAUUUAUGGGCCGAAUCACGUUACGAAGUCUUCCGAAAAGUUCAAGAGCAUACGCAUAUUGCAAUGUUGCACUUCUUCUCGCCUACACUACCCGACUUGGCCAUAAAGAGUUAUAUGACUUGGCUACAUAGUUACAGUAAGUUGUUUUUGGAGGCUUGCAAAAGGUGUGGGAAAUUCGUAUCGAAUGGGUUGCCGCCAACUUGGCGUGAUUUACGUACACUUGAACCAUUUCACGAGGAGUGCCGUAACUGUUAAAUUUCUAUAUACUAAGUCCAAGAAUGAAUGAAAAACUAAUAUAUCUUCAUAGGUUUAAAUAAUUUCAAUAUAUAUUUGCAGAAACAAUAAUAAUCAUGCAAAAAUGUACGUAGUCA